AUGCAGAUCUUCGUCAAAUCCCAAAGCAGCAGGACCAUUGUUUUCGAGGUGGAAAUUUCCGAUACCAUCCAAGUCGUCAAGGCCAAGCUUCAGCCGAAAGAUGGAAUCCCUCCUCAGCACCAGAGCCUCGUAUUUGCCGGCAAACAACUAGAUGAAGAUCGCACACUCGCGGAUUACGACAUCCAGGAGAACUCCACCUUACAUGUGGCGCCUCCAUUCCGGGCAAGCAUGCAGAUCUUCGUCAAAUCCCAAAGCAGCAGGACCAUUGUUCUUGAGGUGGAAAUUUCCGAUACCAUCCAAGUCGUCAAGGCCAAGCUUCAACAGAAUGAUGGAAUCCCUCCUCAGCACCAGAGCCUCGUAUUCGCCGGCAAACAACUAGAUGAAGAUCGCUCACUCGCGGAUUACGACAUCCAGGAGAACUCCACCUUAAUGGCAAGGCCGAGGUACACUGACAAGCGAAAAUUCCGUUAUAUGCAGCCACAUGAUCCUCACAAAAGCAACCUCCCCGAAUCUUUGUCGGAAAACAGUCCACAAAAGUACCCUCUCGUGUUUAUCAUAGUAAUGGUUUAG